UGAAAUUUGGAAGUUGAAGAAAAGUGUUCGCUGCAGAAAAUGAAAUUAGAGAUGGGCACUGGUACUGCUUUGAGGAAUAUUAUUGGCAGAAGAUUUGGCCAUGGUUGGAAGAGACCGUUUUCGACUGCUACUUGCGAUGUUGAGAAUCAACACAGCGCCAACGCCAACACCAACGCCAAAUCCAUCAACCUUUACUCUGCAAUCAAUCAAGCCCUUCAUAUUGCGCUUGAAACUGAUCCUCGCGCAUUUGUUUUUGGAGAAGAUGUGAGCUUUGGUGGUGUUUUCCGUUGCACAACGGGACUCGCUGACCGAUUUGGUAAAACUAGGGUUUUCAAUACCCCUCUCUGUGAACAGGGCAUUGUCGGAUUUGGUAUUGGCCUAGCCGCAAUGGGAAAUCGGGCCAUAGCAGAAAUUCAGUUUGCAGAUUACAUUUACCCUGCUUUUGAUCAGAUUGUAAAUGAAGCAGCCAAGUUUAGAUACCGGAGCGGCAAUCAAUUUAAUUGUGGAGGUUUGACAAUAAGAGCCCCUUAUGGCGCUGUGGGUCAUGGUGGACAUUACCACUCGCAAUCACCUGAAGCUUUCUUUUGCCAUGUUCCUGGUAUCAAAGUGGUCAUUCCUCGCAGCCCAAUGCAAGCGAAAGGAUUACUGUUGUCAUGCAUUCGUGAUCCAAACCCUGUUGUCUUUUUUGAACCAAAGUGGCUUUACCGUUUGGCAGUCGGAGAAGUGCCUGAGCAUGAUUAUAUGUUGCCUCUAUCCGAAGCAGAGGUGAUUCGAAAAGGCAGUGACAUCACACUAGUAGGGUGGGGAGCGCAACUCUCCAUCAUGGAACAAGCCUGUAUUGAUGCAGAAAAGGAUGGAAUUUCAUGUGAACUUAUAGAUCUGAAAACUCUAAUACCCUGGGACAAAGAAACUGUUGAAGCUUCUGUCAGAAAAACUGGAAGAGUUCUUAUUAGUCAUGAAGCUCCAGUUACAGGAGGAUUUGGUGCUGAGAUCUCAGCUUCCAUUGUUGAACGUUGCUUCUUAAGGUUAGAAGCUCCAGUAGCAAGAGUGUGUGGCCUUGACACCCCAUUCCCUCUUGUUUUUGAACCCUUCUACAUGCCAACGAAGAACAAGAUAUUGGACACCAUCAAAGCAACUGUCAAUUACUAGAAAAAUUCCCAGAUCUACAUGACAAUUGACGCAUGUUCGUAAAGAUGAAGACAAAAAAGAAAUAAUACUUGUAUUAUUGCAAAGACCAAUCCUUGCAUCAUGGGGAUAGGAGCGUUGGCUUAAGGCAAGAACUGUUUCUACAUCUUAACUCUUAUUUUAAGUAGUAAUAAUAAUAAUAAUAAUAAUAAUAAUUGCAAAGCAUACCUUAUUGAAUUUUCUAUCCAAGGUUCCUAGUUAGUUCCUAUCUUUUGCUUUGAUUUCUGAGUAGGCAAUCACAUUUCAUUUGACACUAUCACUGUCAUUAGUCUUUCGUAUUUCUUGUUUUUACAUAAGGGAGAAUUUAAAUCUAGCCUUGAGAGCGAGAAUAGAUAUAUUUAUUAGCAAGAGGUAACAUCAAUCAUUUUAAUUGAAAAAGACUGAAUGAAAUCUUAAAAUAUUAAAAUGUGAUACAAUUUUAUCUUUAGACAGUGCCAUUGUAAGUUUAGAUUUUUAUUAAAAAAAUAAAAAAACCUACUAUAAAUAUGAGAUGUACAUCAAACUAUCAUAUAAAAAACAAGAUUUUCCUUAAUAAUUAAUAAUAAAAACAAUUUUGGAUAUUAAAUUCAGAAGGGACGACCAGCGCCACUGUCAUCAUGGUUGUAAAAAUGCGACGAAGAAUCAGUGGCCUUUUCAGUUUGAAUCCGUCAACAACCGAUAGAACUUGAUUAAACAGGAUUUAAAUAGUUUGGUAUUAUUUAAAUAUUAUUUACUUUAUAUUAAAUAUUAUUUUUAUUUUUUAAAAUUCAUCGGACCUUCAUAUCUCUAUUUCUCUAGAGUAUUUUUUUUUUUUUUGUCAGUAUUUCUCUAAAGUUUCAUAUUAAUCAUUUAACUUAAUACAUUUAUUUAUGAAUAUCGUUAAGGGAAGAGUGCCACUAUGUAAGUCUUACAUUCUUUUUAAAUCUGUAGAUCAAAAUAGCUAAAAUUGGAAGUAAUAUUUUUUAUUCAAAUUAAUCAUGAAUUUAAAUUUAGUUCUAAUGAAAACCUAUCAAUAGGACAGAUCGGGUUGGGUUUGGAUCAAAUCAAUUUAGUUCAGAUCAUUUCGAAUCUUAAAAAUUUAAAUUAAUUUUAGAUUGGGUCAUUUCAGUUUAGUAUUUUGAAUUUAUCAUCGGGAUUGUUUGGGUUAAGAUCAUUUCAAGUUUCAUUUAUUGAUUUUUAGAAUCAAAUUAAAUUA